UAAUGAAGCUACAAAAGAAAAUACUUAUAACUGGACAAUCGUUCUGUGCAGAACGAACAUCAAGAUACAAAGUUGUGCUGCUCUUUAAAGUGAAUCAAAAUGCAAUUAAUUAAUUACGUUGCAGUGAUUUUCGUAUUUUGCGUUAUUGGUUUCGAAAAUGUGAAAUCAAAUGCAGUACAUGAACAAAACUACGCUAAUGUUUCCGAAUUAAUUGACUCAUUACUUUCUGGUUACGACAAACGAUUAAGACCUAACUAUGGUGGGCCACCGGUUAACGUUGAAAUCACAAUGUACGUAAUUUCUUUUGACGCGCUGUCCGAUGUUAAUAUGGAUUACUCAAUCAAUUUCUAUUUCCGUCAGUACUGGAAUGAUCCCCGGUUAGCGUUUAAUCGGUCUGGUAUCGAAACGCUCAGUUUCGGCCACGAAGUUUCGAAAUCAAUUUGGUUACCCGACACAUUCUUUGUGAAUGAGAAACAAGGCUUUGCUCAUUCGAUUACUGCGAAAAAUGAAUUCGUCAAAGUCCGAAGCAAUGGUGAAGUGAUUAGGAGUGUCAGAUUGAGUGUCACGGCCGCCUGUCCCAUGGACUACACUAAUUUUCCAAUGGAUAGUCAGAUUUGUUCAUUGUCUAUAGAGAGCUACGGUUAUACGGCUAGAGAUAUCACAUAUACCUGGAAAAAUGAGAAUGCCGUUGGAGUUUCAGUAGAUUCAACCAUAAAUUUGUUUGCGUUAACUGGCCACAGACAGAAUUCCGAAUUUAUUCAGUUGACCACCGGCAACUAUUCACGAUUGAAUGCACAAUUUCAAGUAAAACGAAACACAAGCCACUAUGUGACACAAGUUUAUAUACCGUGCACAAUGCUCGUAAUACUAUCAUGGAUUUCGUUUUUGUUGAACCGCAGAGCCGCCAACGUUAGAUUGGUCAUUUGUGCCCUAUCAUUACUUCUGAUGCCCAUUGGCCUUACGCUGCUUUCCAUGCAAUUGCCGAAAACGUCGUACAUCAAAGCUAUUGAUGUUUACACCGGAGUUAGCAUGACCUUUGUCUUUAUAGCCAUGGUCGAAUUUGCGUAUGUCAGUAACGUUACGUCCGACAAAGAGGACAUAUCAUCCCAGAUUGACCUCAUUUUCCGAUAUGGUUAUGCAGCCCUUUUCGGUAUAUUUAACAUAAUUUAUUGGUUAGUCUAUUGAAUAUAAUUCACGCAUAUCGUCAACAAAUAGUUAGACAGUAAUCGAUAAAUAUAGGGACUAAAAACAGUGUUAAUUAGGGGAGAAAAAAAUGUUGUGAGAUAAGAAUCUCACUUCAUACUUUUGACGCAAUUUUUAGCAAUAGAAGAACCAACUUCCAUUGAUGGUGUAACGUUUUAACGGAUAUUUUCAGACGAAUUGUUUAGUCCUAGCAUUCGGAUUGUUCAGAACCGCAUGAAUCGCUUGUUGAAACUAAUAAAUUUAUUUUAAGUCAGAA